AUGAAGAUCGUUAUAAUCGGUGCCGGCAUCGCUGGGUGCACGGCGUACCUUGAGCUACAGAAACAUCUUCCGUCCUCAGCCACGGGGACAAGCCAUGAGAUCACCAUCUACGAAGCCUACAGCACAGACGUGAAUGUCACUCCGGACCAACGCAAUGAUGGAGAGGGAAACACACAUUCUUCAACUCUCCUGAUUGGCGGAGGCCUCGGCAUCGCCCCGAACGGUCUCAACGUCCUCCGACGACUGGAUGAGGACCUCCUACGGGAUGUUGUACGCGGCGGCUACGUCGUAUCGACAUCUAAUCUGAAAAACAAAAAUGGCUCGACGCUGCUGUGCAUGAAGCCAACUCCCAAUGCGUCCUCGGAGGAGAGCGGCGAUGAUCCCGAGAAGAUGCACAUGGUGGCGUGCAGCCGCCAUUCGUUCUGGAAGGCCCUGCGUGCACGUGUCCCGGACGACCGGAUUAUCAACAAGAAGAUUCUCGAAGUCGUUUCUCACGCUGAUAAGAGGAAUGUGAUUCGUUUUGCCGAUGGCUCCCCGCCAGUAGAGGCUGAUCUGGUCAUUGGCGCGGAUGGUGUUCGAAGUACGGCCAAGCGGGCCUUGUUUCCCGAUGCCGAGGAAGAACCUUACCCUCCCCAAUACGAGGGUCUUGUCGGGAUUGGAGGAUUCAUCCCCUCCGCCGAAGUAAAAGGUCUUGUCGAGAAAGGUUCUAUGAACUUCAUACAUGGUGGCAAUGGAUUCUUCGGAUAUUUCUUCUCCGAGAGCGCAGUUUCUGAAAAGAACCGAGACUCACCUUAUCACGUCUCCGAGCCAGGCGAUUCCCUCGCUUGGUGGUCAACCUACGAGAUCGAAGAAUGUCCCGACCGCAAUACCCUUGACAUGGCCGCUGUGAACCGCCAGCUGCAGGAGAGACAUGCACAAUGGAAAGAGCCCGUUGUUCGGAAGAUUCUGCAGUCGCUACAUGUGACGAACAUGUAUGCGACGUGGACUUCGCCUCCGCUCCCUACGUGGGAAAGAGACGGGGUCGUUCUAGUCGGUGAUGCAGCUCAUGCUCUACCGCCGACUUCUGGCCAGGGCGCCUCACAGGCCUUGGAAGAUGUUGAAGCAUUUGCUCUUCUGUUGACGCAUUACCUGGGAGAGGCAGGUCAAACCCAAGAAUCCAUGAGUCUGGCGGAUCAAAAGCGCGCUAUCAAAGCAGCCGCGGCCAAUUACAUGGGCCUGCGUGAACCGCGUGUCACGGCUAUUUUGAAAGCUGCCCAGAAAAUGCAGAGCAAUAAGCGUGAUAUGAGUGUUUUCAAAGAAUACUCGAUGUACGCUAUCAUGAAAGUGAUGGGAUUUUUCCCUAGUCUGAUGACUGGCCCAAUUCGUAAGGUCAUGGAGUACAAUAUCGCAGACGACGUUGCCCGAGUCCUAGUUGCAGAGAAGGGGGAAACAACAUAA